UGAUUGGCUGCGGCGGCAGAAUUCCUAUUUCCUGUUUAUCCCGACGUCAGAUAUAAACGAAGCGCUGCGGCUGUUGUUCACGUUCACGGAGCCGCUCCUGAGCUGUGUAUCUCGAAGAAAAUAAAGGACAGCCAGAGAAGCUGAGAGCAUGUGUCGGUUAGUCCUUAUCGCCCUGCUCGGCCUGGUCGGGCUGGUUUUCGGGUUCCCCACAGAAGAGCCGGACUCUGGGAAACACUGGGUUGUUAUUGUGGCCGGUUCCAACGGAUGGUACAACUACAGGCACCAGGCUGACGCUUGCCAUGCAUACCAGAUCGUGCACAAAAAUGGCAUCCCAGACGAGCAGAUUGUGGUCAUGAUGUACGAUGACUUGGCUCAAAAUGAACAAAACCCCACCCCUGGCGUUUUGAUCAACAGGCCAAACGGUACGGACGUUUACAAGGGAGUUCCUAAAGACUACACCGGGGAGGACGUGACUCCGGAGAAUUUCCUGGCCGUCCUGAAGGGCGACGCCUCCGGUGUCCGUGGCGGCUCUGGCAAAGUGUUGAAGAGCGGACCCAAGGAUAACGUCUUUGUGUACUUCACUGAUCAUGGGGCACCUGGUAUUCUCGCCUUCCCUAAUGAUGACCUCCAGGUUGACGACCUCCAAACCACCAUUAAAUACAUGCACGACAACAAGAAAUACAAAAGGAUGGUGUUCUACAUUGAAGCAUGUGAGUCCGGGUCCAUGAUGACCAAACUACCCGCUGACAUCAACGUUUACGCCACCACAGCCGCAAACGCUCACGAGUCCUCGUACGCCUGCUACUAUGACGAGAAGAGGGAGACCUACCUGGGCGACUGGUACAGCGUCAACUGGAUGGAGGACUCUGACAUGGAGGACCUGGCUAAAGAAACUUUGCAGAAGCAGUUCAAGAUUGUAAAGAGCCACACAAACACCAGCCACGUCCAGCAGUUUGGAAACAAGACCAUGGCUCACAUGAAAGUCAUAGCUUUCCAGGGUAACGGCAAAGACGAGAACGCCGCCCCUCCAAUGACCCUGCCGCCAGUCGCCGAUCCGGAUCUGACCCCGAGCCGUGACGUCCCCAUGGCCAUCCUCAAGAGGAAGCUGAUGGCGUCCAACGAUAUCAGGGAGGCGAGGGGUCUGCUGAUGGAGAUCAACGCCCACCUCAAGGUGAGGGAGAUGAUGGCUGACAGCAUGCACAGGGUGGUCGAGCUGGUGACCGGCAACAAGGUCAUCGCCGCGGAGGUCCUGAACGAGAGGGCCGAGCUGUCCCAGCACCAGUGCUACAAGGCUGCAGUCAACCACUACAAGCACAACUGCUUCAACUGGCACAAGACUGAGUUUGAGUACGCUCUGAGACAUCUGUACGCUCUGGUGAACCUGUGUGAGAGGAGAUACUCUGCAGACAGCAUCCAGUUUGCCAUGGACUCCGUGUGUUACGGCGGGUACUAGAAGAGUUACUACCAAACCCUUAAAGCCUCAGAUCAAAUUCCUUCUCCCGCCGUGGAAACUGCGGAGAAGUCUGAGCUUCUCUUUGCACCGCUUAGGAAUCAACGCUGACGUGGUGCCGACGUUUUUGUUUUAUGUACACACACACGCUAUAACACUUAUUUUGUUUUUAAAACCUGUGUUUUUUGAUUUUUACUGAGAAUUUUUAAGCCUGUUUUUACGAUGACUUGCACUAUCACUGUGAAGACCUUGUGGAUGAUGUUUUACUGCUUCUGAUUUUGGUUUUAGGACAUGACAUAGACAAUUAUAUUAUGGAAUUAAUGCGAAUCUCCUUGUGCUCUUAGCUUUAUUUGAGGUGGUGAAUGCCCGGCAUGAAUGAUUGAUUGACAUGUAAAGGACAUGCCACGAAACGAUGAAUGUUUGUCGAGCCUCGAGAGGCUUUGUUGUUGAGGCAGGUAUCUUGAAAUAAAAUCUGACAAAUCAAAA